GACUUGCUCGCACUGACCGAGCACUUUGUUGCUGGGGCCAUGGAGGAUUCCAAAUUCGUGGCCAAGGACCAUGAAGAUGGCAAGCCGCCAGAGCGCGAAGAGGUGGAAGCCAUGCAGAAAAACCGCGUGGAGCACUGGCAAGGGAUGCUGCAUGGUGCACAUUCGAUGGUGUCAGGGCAAGACACGGUGCCCAAUCCUUUUCGGGCCGCAAUUCUGGCAAAGAUGGGCUUUACCGGUGACGGUAUUCCGGUGGCGCAGCUCCCUCUUCGCGCGAACUGCAACACGUUUUCUUUCCAGUCUCUGCUGGAUGAGAACACAGCUGCCACCCUUGCGAUCAUGGAGUUGGAGCGGGCGUAUCCAGACUUGCUGGAGCACACAAGGCUCCUGGCACCCUCCGCACAAGUGGACCCCAUAAUCGAAGAAGCCACAGAGUUUGCCGCCGAGACAGUGCCUGGCACUUUCGCCGAAGCGUUCGCCUGGUUUCUGAAGGCCAUCAGUUGA